UCUCUGAUCCCCCAAAGAAAACACUACCAUUCAUGUACUCCGUACAUCUUCAUCUCUGUGCCUUUGCAUGCCUCGGCGAAUCGGUCCUUGAAAUCUUUUUAAGUCCGACAGACUCGGCAUCUUCCGAAAGGCCGACAAUUUAGUUAGUCAAAGUUAUAGAUACUUACAUCGCAUUUAUAAGUCUCGACCACAUCCUCGCUCCCUUUGGUUGGCUCCUUCACGCCGAAAUGCCUUAGCAACCACCAGUGGAAAUCCAUCCAGCGACUGCCCCAGAGUUUUCCCUUUUCGCCUCGUUGUUCUGUGGCUUUUCUUUCCUCGUUCUUUACGUCGAUCUUUUACUAACCCUGAGUCACUCGGUCUUUCAACGUCGGAUCUGCCCGCCACAACGGAUUGGGCGCAUUCUUGGUCCCUUUCUCCUCAACGGGGCGUCCAAAUCCUCCCCUGUCAAACCAAGUCAAGUCAGGCCAAGUCUGAAUUAAUCUCAUUCUUGACGGGCCGUGCAUUCUUGCAUCGCGAAGAAUGACGGCGCUUUCUCAUCCCAGUGAUGACCGGGAUCAACAUGAUACCCACACGCCCAGCAAUGGUCAGAUUGUGACGGACGACAAAAUAGCCCCGGCGGAAUUGAACCCCAGCUUGGCGGACACCGACACUUCGAAUAACCAUCGUCAAUCUUCAGAGGAAAAGCAUUUGGAUGAGGCCAACGGUGAUGGAACGGUGGAAAAAGAGGCAAAUGGCGCUUCGCUGGAACGAGUGCCUUCCCAGGCGCAAAAACUGGGAAAGAAGAAGAUUAUUGUUGUCAUGGCGGCGCUUUGUUUGGUUCUGUUCUUAGCAGCUUUAGAUAUGACAAUUAUUUCCACGGCCCUGCCAACAAUGGCCUCUCAUUUCAAUGCAUCAGAGAGUGGAUAUUCAUGGAUGGCUUCGUCGUAUAUGCUUGCCAAUGCCGCCGCAGUGCCCCUCUGGGGUAAAAUUAGUGAUAUUUGGGGCAGAAAACGGAUCCUGUUGCUAGCCAAUUUUACUUUCCUCGUAGGUAGUUUGAUCUGCGCGUUGGCUAUUAAUCUGCCGAUGAUUCUGGUGGGCAGAGCUAUUCAAGGUGUUGGAGGCGGUGGUAUCAUCGUGCUGGUGAAUAUCUCCGUCUCUGAUUUGUUCAGUGUCCGAGAACGGCCGCUGUACUACGGUCUUUUUGGUUCUACGUGGGCAAUUGCAGGUGCUCUAGGCCCCAUCAUUGGAGGCGCCUUCACCACCAACGUUACUUGGCGUUGGUGCUUCUAUCUGAAUUUACCCAUUGGAGGCGUUUCUUUUGUUAUCCUCGUCCUGUUCCUCAAGAUUGAGGCUGAAAAAACUCCGCUUCUAGCUGGUCUAAAAUCUAUUGAUUGGAUAGGUGUUGUCUUGAUCAUGGGAGGAACACUCAUGUUCUUGUUUGGCCUGGAGUACGGUGGCAUCACUUACCCUUGGGACUCGGCCACCGUCAUCUGUCUCAUCGUCUUUGGAGUAGUGGCGUGGGCUAUCGCCAUGAUGGUUGAAUGGAAGGUCGCAAAAUACCCCGUUAUACCGAUCCGUCUCUUCACGAAUUGGCACAACGCCCUGGUCCUUUUUGUCUGCUUCUGCCACAGUUUCGUGUUUAUCGCUGGCUCCUUCUACCUCCCGCUCUAUUUCCAGACUGUGCUCCUCGCCAAUCCUAUUAUGAGCGGUGUCUACGUGCUUCCGAACGUUCUCAGCCUGUCCUUGACUUCCGCAAUCACUGGCUUCAUCAUUAAAAAGACCGGCCGUUACCACGAGCUUAUCGUGGGUGGAUUAUUCUUCAUGACCCUCGGAUACGGGCUCCUCAUUAACUUGAAAUACUACGCCUCGUGGCCUCGUAUCAUCAUCUACCAACUAAUCGCCGGCUUUGGCUCCGGCCCCAUUUUCCAAGCGCCCCUCGUUGCCCUCCAGGCUAACAUCCACCGUGGCGACGUCGCCGCCGGAACCGCUACAUUCGGCUUCCUCCGCCAAACCUCCGCUGCCAUGUCCAUCGUCCUCGGUACCGUCGUGUAUCAAAAUGUCCUCCAGCAGCAAAUGCCCAAGAUCUCAGCCGCGAUCGGGUCCGAGAAAGCCACCGCGCUCGCCUCCUCCUUCUCCGGCUCCCAGGGCGACCUCAUAAAAGCGCUCCCAAAAGCCCAGCAGAGCGUCGUCCUGAAAGCAUACACCUUCACCCUGAGCCGGAUGUGGAUCUUCUACACGGCCAUCAUCGGCUUCGGGCUACUCGUCAGUCUAUUCAUCCGACCCGUCGAGCUCAGCAAGGCACACACCUUCACCAAGACGGGACUAGCGGAGCAAGAGCGCGCAAGACAAGAGAUCCUCGCCGCGCAAAGAGGCGAGAUUCAGCCCGAAUCGAAGGAGACCGUUUAAAACCCCCCUAGUCAUCUCAUCCCUUCUACGCCAACGGGUCAUCCCCCAUCCCCUCCCUUUCUUACUUCCCAUAAACCUACACGCUACAGUCUACACGCAUAAUAGACCCUUCUCACUUUUCUUUCAAUACUGUCGCCCCCCCCCCCCCAACCCCCC